GUGCGCAUGCGUACCUGUGCACCAGUGAGAACAUUCUGGCGGUAGAUUUGAAUCAGUUUGCAGUCAACAUGUGGCACCGUGCAGUCAUACAUCUGCUUUGUGCGUUUGGAGUCUUUCACAAAGGUCAAACCUCUCUGAUCCAAUGUCAGCACGAGGUGUUAGAUGCUCUAGGAGACAACACCUACUUGAGCUGUCGGUUGAUGCAGUCUAAAGAUGUCGUGCAAGUCACGUGGCAGAAAAUGAUUCCUGGUGGGACGGCGGAUGUCGUUUCUUACAACAAACACUUUGGUCAGAAAGUGAAUACUGUGUUUCGAGGAAGAGUGGAGUUUAAAUCUGAUGGACUGCAGAACAGCUCCAUAGUGAUCAGAAACGUGACUGACCAGGAUGAAGGAUGCUAUCGCUGUAUGUUUAACAUCUACCCCGAUGGUGCUUUCACUGGAAUAACAUGCCUCCAGCUCUAUGAGCUGCAUGAACCCUUUCUACACGUCAGAGAGUCACUCUCUGCUGAAGAGCUAGUCGUGUCCUGCUCAGCCACAGGUCGACCUGCUCCCACGGUAACGCUGACUGUCCCCCACCACAACUCCACCAGCGUCACCAACACCAAUGGAACAGUCACCGUCACCACUACAGCUGUGCUGUCUCGUCUCCAUGACAACAGCCACUGGGUUGGAUGUGCAGCGCGAGUGCUCUCCGGUCGUCAGAUAGAUGUGUAUGAGAUGAUUCCUGAGGUCACACUGUCGCUUCCUGAUGGUUUAGAUGUUAAAUCUGGAUCUGAUAACAGUGAUUUCAAUGUUCCUUUGAUCAUUGGUUUGGUCGUCAUAGUGAUCUGUGUUGCUGCUGCUGCUGUCUUUGCUUUGUAUCUUAAACGGAAACUUCGGAACCGUGAGCCACAAAGGGACCCCGAGGACAACAAGAGAGACACUAAUGAGCCUGUAACACCUUUGAUGAAUCCAGAACUACGACAACGGAUCUCUACUGAAAAACAUGAAAAACGUGAGAAAGCAGAACCGUCAUUGCCAUUCAAAAGAAACCUGUUUCCUGAACAACAAAGCCCAGAAGACAAGGCUGAUGGAAACUUUCAAUGUCUGUAUUAAUGUUUUCAUCAAUUGUGUCAUUUGAUGAUUACUUGAUGAUUUUUAUUUUUAUAAGUAUUAUUUUGCAGAGAAGAAACAAAGAGUUUAUGAAUGAAUUGUGUUGCACUUAAGUUUUUGAUGUGUGAAAAUGUUAUUUUUUGCUCAAUUCACGAUACACGUUGACUUUAAGGUUGUUAUUGUUACUUACCUAUGAACGGUAUUGAUUUCAAUCAUUAACGUCAAAAUGUUCAAUGAGUUUUUUUUAUGUUCUAAUGUUUGUAUUUUACUCAAUAUGUUUUAUUACUUUUUUGCUAGCAGAUUGCAUAUGAAUAGAUAUAUUUUGUAUGGUUAAUGUUUUCUGUUGCCCUGGGUUACUUCCAUCAAAUGAGGCUCCGGACAAGGUAAGCAGCAGAACAACAGAAUCAUAGAAAUGUCCCUCCCCUAAGUCUUGUUUCUUAAUUGUCUUGAUAUAUUUGUCAUGGGAUACAAAACCACUUAAAACCACUAAAUUAAUAAAACGUA